CAGUGCAGCACCAGUAACCUUGUCUUAUGUGAUCAUUAACCUUGCUGGAAGGCGCAGCUGGCAGCUCACUCUGAGGUUUGUCAUUAGAAUUGAGCCGAGCCACACAGAUACUGCAGGAGUAUUUAAAGGAUUGUUUGGUUUUCUGGGAGUGUUCUAGCUAUCUUUCUGUGUGGCAGCAAAAUGAAAUUUCAGCUGCUCUUUUUUCUAUUCCUUUUUUGCACGAUGGGUAUGCUUCUUAUCAAUGGACAAAGGCAAGGUAACCUGGCAUUGAGAAGAAAACUGCAUAGACACAGCUGUCUCCAGAGGAGAUGCAUGCCCCUCCAUUCCCGGGUGCCCUUCCCCUGAGGUAAAAACCAUUCCUAGUAAACCUGGACUGCCAGCAAAUGAGGAAGAAGGAAUGAAGCAACGAAUCCUGCUCAAGAAAACCUCAUUCUUACAACAUUGUGAUCUGUGUACAAGUCUUCCUACUGAAAGGAAUCAUCUGAAAUCACCCAAGGACGAUUAUUUGUGAGCAUCAAGGGGGUCUGCAGUAUCUGGUUUCACUUCCAGGGAAAAUAAUGGGGAUUCAAAAAAUGAUUUUUAGUGAACUACCAGCAUACCAAGCCAGUCAAUUUAUGUUUCUUCACAUCGGGAUGUUUAUAGGUUUAAAACAGAAAACUUUUCAUAAAUUAUAGUGGUGUUAUUAGAGCAGAAAAUCCUAGAUUUCUGUGUGAAUUUAUAUACCCUUACCAUAAAUGCAUCCAAACCAAAUAAGCUAUAAGAAUUUUAAACUAUUGUUUUUAACUCCAGGAAUACUAACUGUAGUUUUAACAUUUUAAAAUAAUUUAUGCUAUGUUUGUUUGAUCAGAGAGGGGGCGGGGGGGGGAGGAGAAGACUAUCUUUUACAGUCAAAUUUUAUCAACCUGACUGUAGAAAUAAGAUAGAAAACACUGAAUCCAGUGGUUGCAUCCAGAUAACACCUAAAAGUAAGAAACUAUUUAAUAGUUGUCAUUUUAAACAAAUGAGUGUUGAUGUUUAAGCCAAUAUUGGUCACUUAAAAUGUUCAAAUGUGUAUUAUAUAAACAGUAUAAAAUCCUUCUCUAUGACGGAUUAUAUUAAAGGUGAAAAUUGUUUGUUUCUGAAAUGUCUUAGCAUCAAGAAAUUCUAAGAAAUAAAAAGCUAAAUUUCUGAAGCAUGAUUCCCAGUAGAUUUCUGCUUGACAGAUACAAUUAAAUUGUAAGAGAAAUUCUUAUGCAACAUUAUUUUGAAGGUGUUAUCCAGCUCUAAGAUUCUGCUUCCAAAGUAGCCCAUUCAAGAGGACUCAUUUAAAAGACAAUUAUGGGCAGCUAGGUGGCGCAGUGGAUAGAGCACCGGCCCUGGAGUCAGGAGUACCUGAGUUCAAAUCUGGCCUCAGACAUUUAACACUUACUAGCUGUGUGACCCUAGGCAAGUCACUU